AUGGACGAAGAAAUCCAGCAGGUCGUGCAGGCGACCCUUAUUGCCUACAACCCGUCUCAAGGACCUUUGCAUCGACAGGCUUUGGAAUUUCUCUCAUCGCUUGAGCAGAACGCAAACAAUACUUGGAGGCUCGCUCUGAAGCUUUUCGUCGAUUUAGGCCCGGAAGGCGAGCGGAAGCAUCCUGCACAAGCGCGUUUUCAAGCACUGAGAAUCUUAGAUGAGUUUUUCGAUAAUCGAUUUGAACCUCUAGAUGAGGAAUCUUUCCGCACUCUUCAACAAUCAAUUAUUUCUUAUAUACAAUCGGAAUAUGUUUAUGGCUCUGCUGAAGCAAACGCAACAUUUUUGCGCAAUAAGUUCUCGCAUACAUUGACUCUCUUCUUCUUAUGCACUUAUGCUGAACAAUGGUCGUCAUUCUUUAAUGAUCUAUUCUCUCUCAUCCGCCCCGCCGAAUCUUCCUCACAAUCCACUUUCAACCAUCACAUUUCUCUUCUUUUCUUUCACAUCGUCUUAGAAAUCUCAGGAGAAGUAGCAGACCAGAUGAUCAAGUCAGCCAGACCAUACAACCCUAUUCGACAUACACGUGAUGCCAGAGUGAGAGAUGCCGUGCGGGAACGGGAUGCAGCGGGAAUUAAUGAAGCAGUCUUAACAAUCGUUGCUGAUGGUGCAGAGAGGAUGGCAUCAUUGCGAAAAAAUGAAGGGUCUGCAGAAACAGAGCGAGAAUUGGGUAUUGUUUCCGAAGUUGUAGAUUGGGGUAUCAGGACCUUUGGAUCGUAUGUCGGGUGGAUAGAUAUCAACCUAACUGUAACACCAACAACUGUGCCAUUGCUCUUCACACUUUUGUCUGAUACAUCGCUACCAAUCCGCUUGGCAACUUCUGUCGCCUUACUCCGCAUAAUCUCAAAAGGCUUGAAAGAACCGGAAGACAAGCUACAACUUAUCAAGGUAUUAUCUUUGGGCCAAGUUAUAGAUGCCCUGGAGACCAAAACCCGUGCUCAACAAAUAGAACGUGGACUAGAUGUGGAUGAGGCCGAAGAAUCAUAUAGGGAAGCUCUAGGGAAAUUGUUGAAUGUUCUUGGCCUGGAGCUCGCUAAGUUGGCAGAUGAAUGUCCUAAACCAGAGAUAAGCUCAGAAGCAACUCAACUUCUGAACCAAAUUUUCCCUGUCAUGUUGCGCUUCAUGGCAGAUAAAUACGAUGACACUUGCUCGACCGUUUUCCCUGUACUACAAACAAUAUUGGGGAGUUAUAAGCGUAGUCGUAAAAUGUCAUCGGAUCCCAUUGACGAAACAAAACGCUCUUUCCUCAUUUCACUCUUGCGUGUCAUACUGGAGAAGAUGAAAUGGGACGACGAAACCGAUCUCGACGAUAUGGACGAGGGCGACAAAACUGCGUUUGAAACUUUGCGAAAGGAUCUGCGAUCUUUCAUGGAUUCUGUGUUGAUGAUAGACCAGGACCUCGUCACCGAUGCAGUGCGGACAUUAGCUCUUAAUACUCUAUCCGCUUAUCACCAGAAUGCUGCGAGUGUAAAAUGGCACGACGCAGAACUUGCGAUUUACCUGGUCUAUAUCUUUGGUGAAAUUAAUAAAAGUACGCGCUGCAUGUUUUUCAUAUUUCCUAACCUAAUCCUAAAUGUAACGAUUCCAGGUGGUGGAAAGGGUCGCGCUGCAUUUUGUCAAGCACCUCUUGUUGCUAAGGAGAAGCGGAAGGAAACAGAUUAUUCAGAAUAUCCAUUGACAAGCCAUGGAGAAAUGUUGAUUGCCCUUGUGCAAUCUGGGAUUUCGAAAUAUCCACACCGAAUGGUGACCAUGCAAUUUUUUGAGGCAGUCUCACGAUAUGGCGAUUUUUUCAAAAUACGUAAGGAUUGCAUCAUGCCUACACUGGAGGCUAUGGUUGACAUUCGUGGCCUGCACAAUCCUGAGUCAAGCGUGCGCACAAGGGCAUACUACUUAUUUCAUCGUUUUAUUAAAGAUGUCAAGAAUGACAUAUCACCAGACGUUGCUAUCGGCCUUAUCGAAAGUAUUCGUGAUGUCCUGGUUAUCCAGAUAGAACUUCCAGAACUCGAGAGCCCAGAACAAGACAUGCUCACAGAAGCGAUUCGUAAUCCUGGAGCCUUUGAUUCGCAAUUAUACUUAUACGAGACUGUGGGUGUCUUGCUGUCAUUGCUUUUCAAAUCCCCGGAGCAACAAGCGGCAUUGUUGCUUUCCGUCUUGACACCACUCAUGGACGACCUAUCGCUUAACCUGCGACUAACGAAGGGAGCACAAGACUUCUUGCCUAUCCUGACAAUCCACCAUACGAUCAUGGCUCUCGGCAAUGUUGCAAAAGGUUUCCCAGACUACCCUUGUCCUCUUCCAGAAGGGUAUACUCUGCCGCCCCUAGAUGUCUUCAAUCAAGUCGCUCAGGCAAUUCUCAUGUGUCUGGAAGCCAUGAACGUUUUCGAGGUAGUACGAGAUGCAACAAGAUUUGCCUUCGCGCGUAUAAUAGCUACUACAGGCCCGACUGCCACACAUUUUAUCCCACCUCUGAUGGCCAAUCUUCUUGCUCAUUUCGAACCUUCAGAGCUUGUCGACUUUAUGAACUUCAUUGGGCUUCUCAUCCACAAGCUUCAGAAGGAGAUGUUUGAUGUUCUUGAUCAACUAAUCGGCCCUUUGAGCGCGCAUAUCACCCAGCUGUUUUCCCAGCCAGUCACUGGGACGGACGACGAGCUCAGUCACGCUGACACUAAGCGGGCCUAUCUUGCGCUCCUUACCAAUAUUAUGUCUUCCAAAUUGCAAGGUAUCUUCACCUCCAAACGCAACAAAGGUGCUCUCGAACCCUUAUUAGAGAGCAUGCAACAUUUGGCGGAAGACAUAUCAGAUUCAAGCAGCCAGAAGGCUGCGUUUGCUUUCCUAGGUCGCUGCGUUAGCGUCUGGUGCCAGCUUGACCCUGAACAAUCAGUACCCAACGAGGAGGGGCUGCCUGGCUUUGAGCGCUUUGUAUACGAACGGCUUGUUCCUGCUGCAUUCAGAGUUCUUUCAUCUCCACAAUUCAAUCCCAAAGACGGACAGAUGUCAAUGGUUUUGAAUGAAAUUGCCACUUUUCUUCAAACCGUCUGCAAAGCCAGAGGCUCGGAAGCUCACAAUUUCUUCGUAUCUGUCUUUCUGCCUUCCCAAAACUGGCCCCCGGAAACGGCCAUGGAAUUCACAACAAAGCUACGAGAUCUAGAUCCCAAAACUUUCCGGAAAUAUUUCUCCGACUUUGUGCGUUCGUCUCGCUCUCAGACAGGCUCGUAG